AUGAGUGAGGUAAUUGUUCCAAGAAGUUUCAGAUUAUUAGAUGAAUUGGAAAGAGGACAAAAAGGAAACGUAAGUGAAGGUGUUUCCUUCGGACUUGAAAGUGCUGAUGAUAUUACCUUGUCUAAUUGGUCAUGUACAAUAUUUGGUCAACCUGGUACCGUUUUUGAAAAUCGAAUUUAUUCCCUCACAAUUUUUUGUGAUGAUAAUUAUCCUGAUUCACCCCCAACAGUCAAAUUUGAUACCAAAAUUGAAAUGUCCUGUGUCGACAAUUGUGGAAGGGUCAUUAAAAAUAAUUUACAUAUACUUAAAAACUGGAAUAGAAAUUAUACCAUUGAAACCAUUUUAAUUUCCUUAAGACAAGAAAUGUUGUCAAGUGCUAAUAAGAGAUUACCACAACCAAAUGAAGGAGAAGUAUAUUCAAACAAUUAA